AUGGAGGGCCAUUUAUACGUCGAUAGACUUUAUGCUACUGAAAAUGAUAUAUUGGUAGAUAUGUCUAAGAAUUCGGUGAAGCCACAAAAUAUCUUGUAUACGUUAAAGAAUAGGGAUCCCAACAACGUUUCCACCCUUAAAACUAUAUACAUUGCUCUUCAAAAGUUUAAGAAUGCAGAGAAAGCCGUCUUGUUAGAAAUAUUGCGUGCAUUCCCACAUGUAUUAUUGAUGGAUGUGACGUACAAAACUAACAGGUUCAGGAUGCCUCUUUUUGAGAUUAUGGGUGUGACUUCAACGAAGAUGACAUUUUGCAUAGCAUUUGUAUUUUCACAAUCAGAGAAAAAAGACAGUUAUACUUGGGCACUGAAUUGUUUGAGUCGUGCGGCCAAGUUUUUCCCCGAGGCGAAGAAACUGCUAUGUAGAUGGCACAUCAAAAGAGUUGUUGUUGGCAACUGUAAAAAAUUAUUUCGAUACAAGCAAUCUUGGGAUGCAUUUUACUCCAUUUGGCACACAUUAUUGGAAUCAGAGAAUGAGAACGCAUAUGUGUACAAUUUAUACAAUCAUGAGAUAAUUUUACAAAGCUACUCCACUAUCAUGAAUUACCUUAAAGAUUUCCAAGAAUUACGAGGCUUUGUUUCAAUUGAUGCACUGAAUCUGAUUUGGGUGGAAUUUGAGAGGUCUAAAGUUCUCGGAGAAGAUAUCUACUCUUGUGGAUGUAAACUUCGUACGAGUUAUGGACUACCAUGUGCACACAAGCUUGCAAUGUAUAUGAAUGAAGGUCAUCCAAUACCACUGGCAUGUAUUGAUAAAUUUUGGAAGAAACUUGACCUACUGUCAUGUGUUUCUCUUGAAGAUGAUGAUAUCGAUUGCAAUGUCAAGCUACAAAUGUUCCAAGAACAGUUUAAGCAUAAGUCAAGGCCUGGUAAAGUUAGUCUACUAAGAAAGUUGAGGGAGAUAAUUAAUCCAUCAAUAACUACACUUCUUGAUCCAGUUGUUAAGACAAAUACUUAUGGACACACCUUAACAAAGAAGAAAGUAAGCACAUCUACUCGUGCUAAUCUGUCUACAUUCGAGUUUGUUUGGGGACAUUUGAAUCAUUCUCAAGAAUCAGAUAUAAAAGCUGAUGGAAAUUGUGGAUUCCAAGCUAUUGCAAGGUUGCUUGGUAUUGGCAAGGAUGCAUGGAUCAGCGUCUGGCAAAACUUGAUUGAUGAGUUAAGGGCAUUAUGGUGCAAUGUCAUAUUACAUCUUCUUAGUUCUGAGCAGUGCCUGACAUUUUUGCCACUGUAUGAUUGCGCAGCCGCAUGGGCUACACCGUAUAUGGAACAACUUACAACAUAUAUUCAGUGUAGUAGUUCUAUAUUUCCUCCUGAAACCAUUGUUUUAUAA